GAUGAAGAUGAACUGAUGAAGUGAUGAAGAUGAAGUGAUGAAGUGAUGAAGAUGAACUGAUGAAGUGAUGAAGAUGAAGAUGUGCUGAUGAAGAUGAGCAGAGGGCUUUUAUUUUGAAGGUCCUGACCUCAGAUCUUGCGGGCUGUUGUUUGCGGGACAUCCCAUCCUCGGUCAGCUGGAUGCCCCCCCCCCCGCUCCCCCCGUGAUGCAGGCGGGAGGCGGGCCGGUUCGGGCCGCCCCGGCUCGGCUCAUGUGUCUUCAUGUGAUCUGACAGGGAGGCGUUUACCCGGGAAAACCGUUCCCCCGCGUCGGGCUGCAGCAUUCGGGAGCUGACCACCUCUCCGGCGUGCGCGUGCGUGCGUCGUUGCGUGCUCGAGCGUUCCGGUGCGGAUCUUCUUCUCAUCAGUCCGGCCCGGACUGCGGUUCCGUCAUGGGGGACGCUCAGUCUGCGCAGCGGGAGGAGCGGGGGGGCGCCGCAGCAGAGCAGGAGGCUCCGACCGACACCAAGGAGACGCCUCUCAGGAACAACGGGCAGAUCUCUGAGCUCGCCGCCAAAGCGGAGCGGUCCGAUGAGGAGGUGAACGGUCUCUGUGAGGAGGUCCUCCCUCAAGUGGUCCUCCCUCACAAAGAGGCCUCAGAAGAGGAGGAGGACACGCCCACAGGAAACGAUGAAGAGGAUGAAGCUCGUGAGGCUCAUGAAGACGACACGUUAGACAUGGAGGCCAAACAGAACGACCUCAACGAAGGUUUCAAGAAGUUUUUCAGCAACAUCAGUUUGAAACUGACGGUGAAGAGAGGCUCUGCAGACAAAGGAGAAACGGAGAGACCCCCGGCGGAGGAGGAGCCGAAGAAACCGGAGGAGCCGUUUGAGGGAAGAGACGCAACAGCAGGACAGGAGGCCCAAAACGACUCCUCCUCCUAUCAGACGCUGCUGGAUGAAACCUCCCAGGGCUCUCCUGGAAAACCCGACGAGAACACGGCUGAAGCCAAUGAGGAGGUUUCUGCUGCACCCGAUGAAGAGCCUCCUCCUCCUCCGUCCAGCCCCGAUGACAGAGAUACCCCCUUCAAAAAGUUCUUCUCCACAGGGCUCUUCUCAGGCCUCAAGAAAAAAAAGAAGUCCACAGACGAGGAGGUGCCGGAGAAAGAACUGAUGGACUUGAGGAGGAGGAAGGAGCAGGAGGUCAUUCCCGGAGUGGAAGUGACUGCAGCUGAAGAAGAACCCGAAGAGAACCGGGCUGCAGACGAGGCCAGCAGUUCUCUAGAGAAGGUCCAGUCCAGUCCUCUGAAGCGGCUCCUGUCGGGGUCCAGCUUCAAGAGGAACUCCAAAAAGCAGCGAGGUAGGAGGUCCAGCGACAGCAGGCUCUCCAUCUCCGGAGAACACGGCUCGGAUCUUCAGUCGUCCACAGAGUCUGCAGACGCUCCUGCGCAGCCGCCCUCUGACCCGGCUGCAGCAGAGGAAGGAGCCUGGUCCUCCUUCAAAAAGCUGGUGACUCCGCAGAAGCUCAGGAAGAAGUCAGAAGACGUUUCAGCGUCGGCGGAAGCAGAGCAGACACCAGCCCAAAGCCCUGAGGAGGCACAGACGAGGAAAGACUCCUCCGUGUCCUGGGAGGCCGUCUUGUGCGGAUCUGGGAGGAGAAGGAGCCGCAAAACCUCAGACUCUGAGGAGGAAUCGCCUCAGGAAAAACCAGAAAAAGAGGAGGCUCCAGGAGGUCCCACUGAGGCCUCCGCAGAAGAAGAAGAAGGUUCAACCUGGAGGUCCUUCAAAAAACUGGUCACCCCCAAACGAAAAGCAAAGGAUGAAGACGAAGGCAAAGACACGGCACAGCCCGAAGACGCUCCUCAGGAGGAGUCCUCCUUCUCCAUCAAGAGACUCCUGUCUGGACAGAAGAAGAGGAGGUCUGUGGAGAAGCAAGCGGCUCCUGGGGAGGCUGACCAGGAGGAACCUCCAGGUGAAGAUGAGACUCCAGCAGUGGUCCCACUGUCUGAGUUUGACCAGUCUGAGACGGCCAGAGCGGAAGUCCCAGAAGGAGCAGACAGUGAACCCCAGCAGCACCUCCACGAGGAGACGCAGAAGCUCCUAACCUCUGGAGGUCUGCAAGCCGAGGAGAAAGCCUCAGAGGGAUCAGAAGAUCCUCAGAGGGUUGAAGAACCGGAGGACCUCACAGAUGAAAGCAGAGAUCUCCAACCUCUCAGUGAUAUUCCAGAGGAGGGCGCCAUCACAGAGGGGGCGGAGCUGGACGACACGCUAGCGGAGAAACUCGUGGAACUGACCUCAGAGGCCAUCACCGCCCCUGAACCCACAGAAGAAACCGAGAUGGUGUCUGCAGUGUCCCAGCUCUCAGAGUCCUCAAGAACAUCAGGCAACAGCACGCCGGAGCCAGAAGACAGGGAGAUGCUCCAGGAGGAGGUCUCAGGAACCUCCAUGAGCCCAGAGGCCGUCCGGACUCCUCCAGAGGAGCAGAGGUCGGAGCAGAGAUCGGAGCUCUCAGCGCCACUCCAGAUCCUCGGUCUGACAGACCAGCACAGGGAGGCCAUCGAAGACCUGGAGGCCUUAAGCCAGGGUCUGCAGAUCCUCAGUUCAGGACAUGAACCAGAGGAGACCCCCAAGGAGGAACCACUGAAGGAGGAACCACCCACAGAGAAACUCCCAAAGGAGGAACCACUCAAUGAGGAAGCCCCCAUCGAGGAACAACCUACUGAAGAACCUCUCACUAAAGAAUCACAAAAGGAGGAACCCCCCAGUGAGGAACCCCGCUCUCCUGAACCUGAUGCAGAUGAAGUUAUCAACGUCCAGCUCUCAGAAAACAUUGAGCAUCAUCUGGAAGAAUGUGCCGCCUCGGUGGCGUCAGAGACGUUCCCUGAGGAGCGGGACCGACCUGAAGAUGCUGAGAUGAACCAAAGAGAAGAAGCAGAUGAAGAGGCUUCACAGGAACGCCCCCACAGCAAAGACAAAACCCCAGAGGAGGAGGAGGCUUCAUCUGGACGACAGAGCGGUCCAGAAGCAGUUCCCCAGGACGUUCCAUCAGGGAUGAUUCCACCUGAAGAACCCGGAGAGGAAUCUGAGCGAGAAACGGAGGAGCCACCGACGGCGGCUCUUCAGACGGAUCAGCCACACGUUUCAACACAAGCCGACCUGGAGGAAGGAGCUCACGGCCCAGAGGACACAAGGCCCCCCCCAGAGGACACUCUGAUGGAGUCAGAAGAAGCAGCUCAGCCUCUCACUGAAGAAACAGAAAACCAAGAGCCAGACGUUCCUCAAACGGACUUCCACGAAGCUGCAGAGACUCAGGAGGUCAAACCAGAGUCAGAAAGUGAUGUUGCUCCUUCAUCAGGAGAAACUCCUUCAGCUGAGGAGGUUCCAGAAGAACCAAAGCAGACGGAGGAGCAGCUGAUGGUCAGUCACAAUGAAGAGGAAAACAGGGAACCAGCAGAUGCUCUCCAAAGAGAGAGCUCCACACUGUCGGAGGUCCAAGAAGCUGCCAGAACCUCGAUGGUAGAGACUCCAGAGGUCAGUCCACCUGAACAAGACUCAGAGGAACCACAAGUUUCUGAAGGCUCAGAAACAUCAGAGGCAGGUCAGAGAGUUGGUGAGAAGAAAGCUCUGCCCUCAGAUGACCUCCAGCCAGCUGAGAGAGAUCCAGAUGAACCAAAACAAACAUCUGAGCCUCUCACAGAAGAAAUAACAGAACCAGAACCAGACGUUCCUCAAAGGGACUCCUCUGGACCUGCAGGAGCUCAGCAACCACCUGAAGGAGAGUCAGAGGAGAGCAGAGUCCAGACACUGAAGGAGGAUCUAGUCGAAGGAGAUCUUUGUUCUUCAGAAGCAGCAGAGGAACCCCAACGGGAAACAGAAGCGCUGACUUCAAUCCAUGCAGAACCAGAACAUCCUCCAGAGGCCUUCCCACUGGAUCCAGGAGAAGAAGAGCGGGAAUCUUCUAGAGAGGAGUCAGUUUGUGAGGAAGCAGAGUCAGAAGACAAACAGCCUCAGAUCCAAGAAGAUCUGGCCGAUCAAGGAGCUGAAGAGAGUCCUCCAGACCAGGACCAGCCUGACGAGGUCCAACAGCCAGACAGUCCUGCAGAGACUGUAGAGCAAGCUCUGAAGAUCGUCCCUCAGGAAGCUCAGGCCGAGCUGCAGGACAGCUCCGCUGAGGAGGUGGAGGAGCUUCAAGCGUCCUCAGCUCUGCACGUCUCCUCCAUCAGCGAGGAGCCGAGCAGCGCCUGGCUCCUGGAGAAGACCACAUGCACCCAAAGCUCUGCAGGAGCCCACGCUCAGGUCUCUGCGGAGCCCCUCUGUGAGACCAAGGUCUGCACCGUGGAGGAGACACUGGAGGGCGGAGCGGCAGCAGAACUUCCUGCCAGUGAGGCACGAGCUGCUGUAACGGUGGAUGCUGCCGCGCAGGGGCUCCUCUCCUCCAGUCUGAGAGAAACUCUGCUGAAGAAACCCCACCUGCUGCUUCACGAACCCUUGAUCGGCGUGGUUGUAGGAGAAGAAGAGUUCAACGGCCUCCUGGAGACCACGGCGCAUCUGGAAGGAGAUGACGUGAGCCAGAGCGCCGAAGAGGCCAGCGUGGUCCUGAUGAUGCACAUCCCCACGGUGGAGUACGAGGAGAACCACCGGAUCCAGGUGCAGGUGAAGGACGUGGACAUCCACUCAGCUGAGGCCAGCGUGGACAGCCUGGUGGAGCUGGGGGUCACUGAGUCCAGAGAAGUCAUAGAUGUCUGUCACGAGUGCAUCCAGAGAGUGGAGAGUCUCUCUGCUGUGUCCCACGUCGAGGAGGGGGUAAACAAGGAGGUGGCGGAGGUGACCUUCCACGAGGUGGUCCAGGAGAUCCAGGGAAACUUCAAGCAGGACAAAUGGAGCACCCUUCUGGGUUUGGAGGACGUGGUCUACGAUCUGCAGGCUGCAGGUCUGGAGUCCAGAGACUCCAAGGGUCUGGAGAUCCUCCGAGCAGAACAAACUGAGCACCUCCUACACGUCUACGACCACACGGAUCUGGAGCAGCUCCGGCCUGGAGACGCAGCAUCUGGACAGAACCUCACCGACGUCCAGAACCAGCAGAACCAGGUGGCAGUGCAGCCUGGACCAAAGUCUGGAACGAUCUCCUCCAUCGGGAACGUGGAGCCUCCCUCCAGCCUGUCCUUAGAGUUCAAGCUAAACAUCCAGUUUGGGCAGGCCCGGCCGCCUGCGCCCCCUGCAGGACGGACGGAGGCCGUGCAGCAGGCGGACACGUCUGAGUCUGCGGCCCAGAACGAGAAGCAGAACCAGAACGCUGCUCAGGAACCCAAUGCGCACUCGGCUCAAAGAGCGGCGCUGCAGGAUGUCGGCAUCCAGGCGAUGGAGCUCUGUCAACCUGUGGAAGAAGUCCAGACGGCGGAGAGAGGAGCGCCGGCGGUGCAGGCCGUAGAGGCCGUGCAGCCGCUGGGUCCAAAGGAAAGGAGAAGCGUCUUCCUGGGAAAACCAGAACCUUCAGAACCUAAAACAGAGGAACCUCCGAAGCAGGCGGAGGAGGAAAACGAUCAGGACGUCUGGCUGGACGCCGAGGAGGACCUCCAUGCUCAGGAGGGAGCUCAGCGCUCCGACCGGGAUCGACCGGCAGGAGAGCCCGGAACGGCGAGUCAAGCCGGGCCUGCUGGAGCGGAGCGUCCCUCCGAGGCGCCCAAACCCGCGGGGGCGUCCGACCUGGACAGCGAGGGAGAAGACUUCACGGUCGCACUCGAAGAUCUGGAAUCCAGAGCGGCUCCUGCAGGCGAGGACUGAGGCGGCGUACCUGACAGGCUGGACAAUAAGAGAGCCGCUGCACUCCUGCUCCCAUCAUCCCGCUGAGAAGCUGCUCCUGCUGACAGUAAAGCUGAAAGCCAUGGAGGCGCCGAUCAUCUCAGGAGGAACCGUUUCUUCAAACUGAUGUCAGUC